AUUCUUUAAUCACGGCAUCUUUCAUUUAUUGGCACAAUAUAUUAUUUACCCUUUGCUUCUUGCCACGACAUUUGACCUCAAAAGUUCAACUCAGAAGUCGCACAAUAUGGGCAAUCCAGUGAAAGACGCAUCACAGCAACAAAACGCCAUUCAUUACCAAUACUUUUUGCUGAUUUUACUUACGCUCUUUCACGGAUACUAUAAUCAUGUACGGCUUCAUGGGUGGCUUAACGGGUCCAUAGGUCUUCUCAAAGAAACUGCAACCGUUGUUAUUAUUGUUCAGUUUUGCUUCGGUAAUUAUUACGCAAGCCGUGAUAGCAAACGCCAUAUCGCGGAGCGUAAUGUGCGGCGAGCUACUCACGUGGCGAAUAUCACCGGCGUCGUGUUUACUGCGUUUGGGCUAAUUUGGGGCUUCUACGUUCUGACGACACACGAUUCCGAUACAAUCGACAACGAGAAUGCGUUUAAUAUUAUGAAUAAUAAAUUAUACCUUGUCGUGCUUAUGGGAGUAUCAUUCUUCAUUCAGCUCUGCUCUUUAAAGCCUGGUACUGGUGAGCUCGAAUUCCUCAAGUAUAGUUUGAGGUACCCAUGGCACUUUAUCUGGCCGUCGAUGCAGAGCGAAAUAUUUAGAUAUAGUGAAAAUAUUCAACAGGAAUAAGGAGCUUAUAUAGCCAAAUAGUUAUAAUUACAUUGUGCCUAUAUGGUAGGCUGGGGGUAAGCUAGUAGGCGUCAAUAUUGGAUAGGAUCAAAAACGUACGGGAUCCUGAAAGAGAUGCAGUUUGCAAUGC